AUGUACUACAACAUUAUGGACAAUCAAUCGAAUGCUAUUCCGUCAUCCAGUGCUGUGACUCCCACACAACCGCGCGUGGUCAGUCACAAGCGGCGACGUAGCGUAACGUAUGGAAGCGCUGCAAGAAAGCAACAAGAUGAGGACAAUAUCAACAGUGCUACUGAGAGCUGCUGCACCACGUCAGGUGAGAGCUCGGGCGACGAGAGUGAUGACUGCAGCUUUGAGGCGCUAGUAGCAGAUGAGGAAGAGGAGACUUUGGUGGCGGCCAAGCGGCGGCGCCGUGCCGACCUCGAUGGACUGAAGAAGUCAGUACGGCGCAUGGAGGCACAAGUGGUGGACGCGUCCGCUCAGUUGAGGGAUCUCGCGGCAUUUGUGGCACAGGUUGUGGCACGACGUCAGCGACAGCAAUUGCAAUGCUCAGCACCAGCUCAUAUAGAGAGAAAUGCACAGUUCACAUAUAUGUAG